AUGGCCGACUUACAGGGACGCAAGGUCUUCAAGGUCUUCAACCAGGACUUUAUCGUGGACGAGCGCUACACGGUCACUAAGGAGCUGGGCCAGGGAGCCUAUGGUAUCGUCUGCGCCGCCGUGAACAACCAGACCAACGAGGGCGUCGCCAUCAAGAAGGUCACCAAUGUCUUCAGCAAGAAGAUCCUGGCCAAGCGCGCCCUGCGCGAGAUCAAGCUGCUGCAGCACUUCCGCGGCCACCGCAACGUGAGCAGAGCCCCGCCCCCUCCCUCCGUCCCUCAUCCGGGCGCUAUCGAGGGACCAAACCCCCGCGAUGCGCCCUCCCCUUGCCACGGCCAGCUGAUGGAAUGCGACCUGGCGGCCAUCAUUCGUUCCGGCCAACCCUUGACCGACGCCCACUUCCAGUCCUUCAUCUACCAGAUCCUCUGCGGUCUCAAGUACAUCCACUCGGCCAACGUGCUACACCGUGAUCUGAAGCCCGGCAACCUGCUCGUUAACGCCGACUGCGAGCUGAAGAUCUGCGAUUUCGGUCUCGCCCGAGGCUUCUCCGUUGAUCCCGAGGAGAACGCCGGAUACAUGACGGAAUAUGUCGCUACAAGAUGGUACCGCGCCCCCGAGAUCAUGCUGAGCUUCCAGAGCUAUACCAAAGCUAUUGACGUUUGGUCUGUCGGAUGCAUUCUCGCCGAGCUCCUGGGUGGCCGUCCCUUCUUCAAGGGCAGAGACUACGUCGACCAGCUAAACCAGAUCCUCCACAUCCUCGGCACACCCAACGAGGAGACGCUCUCGCGCAUCGGCUCCUCCCGAGCCCAGGAAUACGUCCGAAACCUACCCUACAUGGCCAAGAAGCCCUUCCAGACCCUGUUCCCGACUGCCAAUCCGGACGCGCUCGAUCUCCUCGACCGCAUGCUGGCAUUCGACCCGUCGUCCCGCAUCUCCGUUGAAGCUGCCCUGCAGCACCCUUACCUUAAGAUCUGGCACGACGAGACGGACGAGCCCGACUGCCCUACCACAUUCAACUUUGAUUUCGAGGUCGUCGAUGACGUCGGCGAUAUGCGCAAGAUGAUCCUGGAUGAGGUGUACCGCUUCCGACAACAGGUCAGGACGGCGCCAGCAUCAGGCGGCGCUCCCGGUGCCGGGCAGCAAGCCGGUGCCAGCCAAGUGCCUAUGCCUAGUGGACAGCAGCAGUGGACUAGCGAGGACCCCAGGCCACAAGAGUACGCUGGCCAGAUGGGUGGCUUGGAAGAAGAGCUGGCGGGAGGACUGGAUAGACGAUAG